GGUCAGAUCCCCGAAAAUAAACACCGCGGAGAGCAGUUUCGCUUUCAUCGCUCGGUUUGUUUUCAUUGGCGUCUGUUUUAUUUUUUUAAACGCCCGCUUGAUACCUGUUCAUGUGCGUUUGGCGCUCGCGGAGUUUAUAAAGGUUUGGAUCGCAACGAAGGGCGCACAGUUUGUCGCAAAGACGCGGAGCUGCGUGAGUCGGGCUUUAAAAUUAAACGAAGUGUUUCCAAUCCGUGGUUUCGAUUUCAAACUUCGCCAAAGUAAACAAACAACCCCAAAUAUAGCAACAAACGAAACUCUAAUGAAACAAAAGCGAAAUCCAAGGACGGUUCUAUAUUGAUUGGAUACUUGUUGUCGCCGCCCCAGAAACUGCCGCCUCAUUUGCGGUCCGUAGGCAUGGAAAGGCACUGGAAGUCGGUCUUGAUCAUCGGCAUCUUGACCUUAGUGGCAGAUGCGGCCGUAAAUGAGUCCACUUUGCGAAGGGCUCGUUAUGAUUACGGGCUUUUCAAUGCCAGUCUGGAGUUGUCCACGAAAGUAAUCACCUCCGAUAUCCAAGGGAAGGCGGGGUCUGCUGUCCAAUCAAAGCAUGAACCCCAUCUAAUCCGAAGUUCAGUCAUAUUCGGACUAAGCAAGGCGGCCAACGAGAGCAAUGUGAGUCCCAGCUGCCACGCCCACCUGAAACAAGUCCAAAGGGGAAUACUCAGCAAGCAACCUUGGGCCAUGAAGGUUCUUGACGCCUCGGGUGCCAAGCCGUCCGGAUUCGUAUUCGGCCAGAACUACUGGCUGGGAAGUCGGGAGGCGUGUCGAGGGGUCCAGGCACCCGUGGGCAUCACCCUCUCCCGGAACUACGAGAGGGUGAUGCACUACAGCAUCCUGACGCAGAGCGCCCCCUUCGGGAUGGACUACCGGGUGAUCUACCUGCGGCACCGCUCGCCCUGGCAGGUGGAGAUCAAGGUGAUGUCCGAGCAGGUGCUCCACAUCGGCCUGUGCCUGCCCAGCGCCUGCGGGUCGGAGGAGGUGAAGCAGCUGGCCAGGGACUACGUGGCAGGGGGAUCCUUCGCCGAGGACGACAUCUUCGACAUGCAGCCGGAGGUGCUGUACAUGAAGGACCUGCGGCUGAGCGAGCACUUCUUCCAGCGCCUCACCUUCCGGCUGGUGGUGGCCGCGGUCCUGGUGACCGGAGCCCUGAUGCUCUGCGCCCAGCAGCUGCGGGUGGCCAAGCGGGGCGACGAGCCGGAUCCGGGACUGGCCCCCGUGGAGUCAGAGCUGUGGCAGGCAAUGGACUCCCUCCUCAAAUGGCAGCCGCUCCAGGACUUCGUGUCCUGCUUCGACGUGGCCAACAACUGGAGGAAGAUCUGCGCCACGAGGGCGAAUCAGCCCGGGGAGAUUCCCAUCUUGAACGGCCUGCGAUCCGUGUGUGCCAUCUGGAUCCUGGUCUUCCACGUGCUGUGGUACAUGUACUUCACGGUGCACAACAAAACCGUGCUCAUAUCCUAUGCGGAGAAGGCCUUCUUCCAGUACGUUUCCACGGCGCCGCUCCUCGUGGACGUCUUCUUCACCAUCAGUGGCUUCCUGCAAACCUACAACUUUCUGAGAAACGACAAGCAGCUGGAGGCAGUGCGUCAGAAUAAUCUGUGGGGCAAUGUGAAGCUCUUCGGGAAGCUGCUGUUCCACCGCUACCUGCGACUGGGUCCACUCUACCUGGUGGUCAUGGGCAGCGUGGACCUGGCCUUCGCCUACAUCGGAGACGUCUCCGUCUUCCACAUCAACGAGCGGUUCGAUGAACUGUGCUCCCAUCACUGGUGGCGCAACCUGCUCUUCAUCCAGAACCUCUUCGACCACCGGGAGAUGUGUGCCAACUGGAGCUGGAGCCUGGCCUGCGACAUGCAGUUCUUUUUGCUUGCCAACAUAGUGCUCUUUAUUUAUGCCAGGCACCCGAAAUUAGCAAAGGUACUGACGCUCUCGGGACUCCUGGCCACCAUAUCCUGGUCCUACGGCAUCGGGAUCACCACCAAGUUCGAGUUCUCCUUCGACUCCACCUACGCCACUGGCACCCAGAUAUACACGAGUCCUUUUGUGAGGAUCCUGCCCUACAUUGUGGGAGCAAUCGCCGCCUGGUGUCUGCAGGAACAGAAGUUGCAGGUGGAGCUGAGUGAGCAGCAGACCCGUUGGCUGUGGCACUUCAGUCUCCAGGUGUUCAUCGGAUGCAUUUACUCUACGGUGAAGCGGGAUCUGGGGCACCUGAUCACCAUUUCGCUGUUCGUUCUGGGACGCGGCCUCUUUUCCCUCACCGUUUGCUGGAUGAUAGUGGGCAGUGCAUCCGGGAGCGGAGUCUGGUGGUCCCGGUUGCUGGAGGCCAAGUGCUUCCAGCACCUGAAUCGCCUGUCCUAUGCCAUAUACCUGUUGAAUCCCCUGGUCAUCGCAACCGUCUACAGUUUAACCAGCACGAGCUCUGCUGCCGAUCCGUUCCUUCUGAGCGUUGUCUGCUGUGGCUUCACGAUGAUCGUCUAUCUUGCCUCCAUCGCAUUUUCUCUAGCUUUUGAGCUGCCCUACAGUAAUCUUUCGAGUCUGCUGCUUAAGGGAAAACCCAAAACCGCAUAAACUGUGAUUAACUCUCAUUGUUAAAAUUGCAUCUAAGUCACUUAUUAUUAAGAUACCCAGGCUAAAAGA